AUGUCGCUCAAAAAGCUGCCGGAGCUGUGCAGAGAGGCGUCGGGAGGAAAGCUCUCGCCGUUGCGUGACCUGUUGCGGUUCUUGCGGAAAGAGAAGAUACGGCGGCCAGACCUGUGCCUCCAGUAUGGCAAGCAGCUGCUCACGUACGGGCGAAGCCUUGGGGACGAGCUCUGGGUAAUCCACGAGCAGAUGGUUACCGCGGCGCUGGAUUCGGGGGACGUCCCCACCGCGCACGAGCACCUGCAGGUCUUGACGCGUAAGUUUCCCGGGAGCCAGCGGGUGCGGCGGCUGGAGGGCAUGCGCUGCGAGGCGGAGGGGAGCUUCGCAGCGGCGGCAGCGAUCUACGAGGAGAUGGUGGAGGCGAACCCGGCAAACUCGCUCGCCCGCAAGAGACAGGUUGCGGUAUUGAUCGCGAAGGGUGAUACGGCGGGAGCGGUGAAGGCCCUGAACGGGUACCUGGCGGAGUUCGCGGCGGACGGGGAGGCGUGGCUGCAGCUCGCUAAGCUGCACAUCGGCGCCCUCAACUACGCGGCUGCAGCAUUUUGCUACGAGGAGCUGGUGUUGGUGGCUCCCUCGGACCACGUGGUUCACUGCCGCCUCGGGGAGGUCUACUACACCAUGGGAGGAGCGGAAAACUUGAUGCGUGCGCGAAAACACUUCUCUCAGUCGGUCGACUUGCUCAAGGCCGGCAACGCGCGAGGACUCCACGGGCUCUGCCAGACCUGCGCGUCUCCUGGCUGCGGUCAAGACUUCGAGCAAGAAACUUACUGGCAAGGAGGCGGAGGUUAA